GUUUGUGUAGGUGUUCUGUGGUAUAGGUGUCGGUAGGUGUUGGGCGGUUGGGCCUUCUAGGUUUGGGCGUGCUGUGCAUAUUCCAUGAUAUUACACCCGCUGUCGUAUUCGAUAUGCUGUACUGCAGCACAGAUCAAACAAAACAAAGGCUUAUGGAGCAUGCACAGCGUGAUAGCAUAAGUGAUAUGAGGCUCAUUCUCAGCAAAGAAUGCGGGGACAGUGUCGGACAGAUUGCGCAGUACUUGCAAAAAAUCACCUACGAGAAGUGUGGCGACACGUUGGCUCACGUUGCAUCUCGAUGCGGAUCCCUGAAAGUACUUCGAUUCAUCUUCAAGGAAGUCAAUUGCCUGACGCUCCUUGAAAGCCAAAACCACGACGGCAAAAGGCCGUUACACGAAGCUGCUCAGUCAUCUCGACUUGAUGUAGUGCAGUUUCUUAUUCAUCAAGGAUGCCAGAUAGAUCCUCUAAAGAGGGCUGACUGGACGCCACUUAUGUUGGCAUGUACAAAGAAUCACUUGGAAGUGGUUCAAACACUAGUUGCAAGGGGUGCCAAUACAAACCUUCGAAAUAAGGACGGUUGGACGCCAUUUCACAUCUCAUGCAGGGAAGGCCAUGUACAUAUAAUGGCCUGCCUCUUGGACAUGUUUCCAGAUGCAUGGAACACUAGCAGCAAAAACAAAAGAACGCCACUUCACACAGCUGGUAUGUGUCUGUGCAGAACACGCUGUAAGGUUAAACAGGAGUGCCAAGUCAAAUCCUUACAUGGCCAUGUGCAGUGUGUAAAGCUGCUUCUGAGUAGGGGCUGCUACCUGCCAGAUGUGGCCGACAACUGUGGCACCACACCCUUCAUGGAUGCUGCACAGGCAGAUCAGGUGGCCAUUAUGGACUGCUUGGCAGAGCUCCAAAAGGUUGACAUAACCAAGAUGGAUGUAUUGGGCAAUAGCAGCCUGCACCUGGCAGCACAGGCAGGUGCCAUAUCUGCUAUUUGGUCACUUAUUGAAAAAUAUGCCCUAGACGUCAACAGCAUCAACUCAUGGGGACAGACUCCACUCCAUCUGUCUGCCAAGGUGGGCCAACAUGACGUGGUUAAACUGCUGAUUGGCCUAGGUGCUAUAUGCAAUGCCAGAGAUAACAAGGGCCGCACAGGGCCCCUCACCAGGCCCCAUAGCAAAUUUUGGUUAUAUGCUGGAAGUUGUCACGUGUCCUCUAGGGAGCCUUCUGGCUCAAAAAUUUUUGAAAUCGGCUCAUUAAUAGCCAAGAUAAAAAUAUGUCAGUGCCGCGAACCCAUAAUUUCAGAAGGCGAGCUCCACUGCGUAGCGAGACUCUCUCUCCAUUCACCUGUCUAGCCUCCACAAGCGAAAUUUCUUUGCUGUGUUUUCCCAUGCCGGACCUCGAGGAUCGCGUGACGUAUAAGUCGCGGGCCCCGCCUUCAAUUUCUUUUUUUUCUUUGCUUUUUUGUCAUGCGGCACACUUCUGCUGACGCCGUAACGCGUGAGCUGUUGUGAUUGUCUUGUUUU